AGUUUUUCAUAAACGCCGUAGUAUCGUGAUCUACUUUAUCGCCACAUAUCAUUCUUACAUAACACAGUCGAGAACGAUAGUAUCAUGGAUGUAAGUGUCGUCAUUUAGACCGAGCCAGACGUAGAUCAUGAAUCUAAAACCGAGUGAAAUACGCUACACGCAGGACACGGUCAGCAAUGUUUUCGGAAAGAAGUCUGAACACAACAAUACAACGUUAGGCGAAACAUUAGACGAAAUCUUGACAACGUCUAUUCAUCAGCUUCCGAAAAUCACAGUUUGUAAAAUAGGAGAACAUUGGUAUAGUUUCGACAAUCGGCGACUGUGGGUACUUAAAAAGGUGGAAGAGUUGGGAAAAUGUACGGUAAUUCCAGUGAUAAUAUCAGAAACAUUUCAGCAUAACAAGUUCACGACAAAAAAUGGCGGAAGGACUGUGAAGAUAAUAGGGGGAGACGUAGGAGGAACACUCCGGAAACAGCUGUUGUAUUCUCGUCACAGUGAAUCACAACAAACUCAGCUGCAUCCAAUAGUGUCCAAUUCAGAACAGGCAGAAAAACCUUCGAAACGUCGGACCAAAAGCUCAAAAGCAUCCAGAGUCAAAGCUUCAAAACAACAUAUAUCUAAGAAAUCGUUAGCGCCGGCAGGGAAACCUUCAAAAUAUUUGAUCAGAAACUCUUUAUUAGCGUCAGGAAAAACUUCAAAACUACAUGUGCCCAAAGUAUCAUCGGCAUCUACAGGUAUACCGUUAAAACACCUGGCUAGGGACUCUUCUGGAUUUGCGGGAAAUCCAUUGAAUCAAAUUCCGAAUGUUCUUUCAGUAUCGACAAGCAAAUCUUCAAAACAGAAUUUGUCAAAAGUAUCCUCAGCAACGGCAGGGAAACCCUCGAAACAUGUGUCCAAGAUAUCGCCAACAUCUACAGGGAAACCUUCAAAACAUUUGGGCAAAAACUAUUCAGCACCCACAAGCAAAGCUUCAAAACACAAUAUGUCUAAAAAAUCGUUAGCGCCGACAGGGAAACCUUCAAAACAUUGUAUUAGGAUUUUUUUACUUGCGACAGGAAAAACUUCAAAACAACAUGUGCCAAAAGUCUCCUCGGCAUCUACAUGGAAAUCGUCGAAACACCUGUCCAAGAACUCUUUUGGAUCUGCGGGAAGUCCCCUGAAUCAAAUUCCCAAUGUUCCUUCAGCAUCGACAAGCAAAUCUUUAAAACAAGAUUUGUUCAAAAUAUCCUCAACAACAGCAGGGAGACCCUCGAAACAUGUAUCAAAGGACUCUCCAGCAACAGCAGAGAAACCCUCCAAAUAUGUAUCCGAGGACUCUUCAGCAUCGACAGGUAAGCCCUUGAAAUCUGUAUCCAAGGACUCCUCAUCAUAUACAGGGACACUCUCGAAACAUGUAUCCAAGGACUCUUCAGCAUCGACAGGGAAAUCAUCGAAACAUGUAUCAAAGGACUCUCCAGCAUCGACAGGGAAGCCCUUCAAAUAUGUAUCCAAGGACUCUUCAGCAUCGACAGGGAAUCCCUCCAAAUAUGUAUCCAAGGACUCUUCAGCAUCGACAGGGAAGCCCUUCAAAUAUGUAUCCAAGGACUCUUCAGCAACGCCAGGGAAACCUUCCAAAUAUGUAUCUAAAGACUCUUUAGCUACGACAGGGAAACCCUUGAAAUAUGUAUCCAAGGACUCCUCAUCAUAUGCAGGAACCCCCUCGAAACACCAGUCCAAUAACUAUUCUGGAUCUGCGGGAAAUCCCUUGAAUCAAAUGCCCAAUGUUCCUUCAGCAUCGACAAGCAAAUCUUUAAAACAAGAUUUGUUCAAAAUGUCCUUAGCAACGACAGGGAAACCCUCGAAAUAUGCAUCCAAGGACUCUUCAGCAUAUGCUGGGAAACCCUCGAAAAAUGUAUCCAAGGACUCUACAGCACCGACAAGUAAAACUCCAAAACAAACUGUAUCCAAAACAUAUGCAGUACCAACAGAAAAAAGUUCUAACCAUAUGUCAAAAAGCUCUACAUGGAAACCUUCGAAAUAUUUGCCCAAGGAUAUCUCGACACCAACACAAACGACGUCACAACCAAAUGUAUCUAAGAUCUUUUCAAUGUCUAUAGCGAAACAUCAGAAACGUCUGUGUAAGACCUCUUCAGCGCCAUCAGGAAAAACUUUGACACAAAGCUUAGUAAAAGUCUCUUUAUCGUCUGCAAGAAACCUUUCUAAACACCAGUCAAAGGAGUAUUCAGCAACAGCAGGGGAAAAUAAAUCGAUACAAAAUAUAUCUAAACUGGCGGCAACGGCUCCUACUCGUAUGUGCAAGGUCGGUUCAACAACGACAGGUAAACCUUCAAAAAAUCUGCCAAAUGUCUGUUCAGCUUCUGCGAGAAAACCCUCAAUGAAUGCGUCCACGUUUUCUCCAUUUACAGCAGGGAAACCUCCAACACAUCAGUCUCCUAAAGGAAAUCAGAAAAUGAGGAAGAAAAAGAAAUAAAACGGACAAAUGACGGAAAAUCGAAUUUGACGAUUGAAAUAUGAACAUUCAACUUUACAUAUUCUCACACCGGAAAUAAACUUUCAUCUCCUCACGGUUUUUAUACCGAUAUACAAUUACAAAAUACAAUAGCAAAAACCUUGUUUAAAUCAUGUAUAUAUGUAUCCUGUAUUGUAAACUCAAUGUUCAUCAGACUACCAGUUUAUCAAACUUUAUAAUUCCUCCUUACUAUAAAAGGGGUUUAUCACUAUGUACCUGUCACAUAUACCAAAGUUCUUUUCACCGCCCCUUAAAAUGCGGUGUAUUACUAAACGCUUGUAAAUAAUGCGUUCCAUGAAUCAAAGUGUACUAGUAUGCGAAUGAUUUAACGUACUGGUGUCAGUUUUUUAAAUAAAAAUAUCUGAACCAGAA